GGAGCGAGUCAAUCGCGACGCGCGAACGCCCCUGGCGCUGGGCCCUGGAGCAAGAACUGAAAAAAGGGAGCACCCAGUAACCUAGCCGAGCACUAGCAGGCAGCAGUAUUGGAGGAGUAGGCGGAAACCAAGCAACGGAGGCGUGAGCGUUAGGGGACCGGGACGCCGGGAAGGGAGGCAAGAGAAGGCCCGCCCGAUCGCACCAAACGCUUCGUGCUGGCGCUACUACGUCUCCGCUCUUCGUGAUCUCACGGCGGCGUGUCGAACCUCACGGCGGCAGCGGCGGAGGCGAGCUUCGUAGGCUUCUCCGCCCGCCAUCCCGCGCCGAGCACGCCGCGAUCCAGAUCCAGCGUGAGGGCUUGUGCUGCUGUAUAUAUCGAAUCAGCUACCGCGGUAGAGCAACACAGAGGGGGAAGGCCUGAACGUUUGAACUGCAUUUCUGGAGAAUGUCAGAGAGCAAUGUGGAUGGCAUCGAGAUAUCAGUCAGUAAUGAUGAGAGGAGGGACAGGUCAGAUGUCGAGAACUCUGAGGAUGAGCCGAGGCACACUAAAAUGCGGUUGCUGAGGAAGAAGGCGCUGCAUGCAUCGACAAGACUGACACACUCGCUGAAGAAGAGGGGAAAGAGGAAAGUAGACUUCAGAGUGCCAAGGAUAGCGAUAGAGGAUGUGAGGGACGCUGAGGAAGAGCAGGCAGUGAGCUCGUUUCGGGAGGUCUUAUUUGCUAGGGGCUUGCUGCCGGUCAGGCAUGACGAUUAUCAUAUGAUGCUUAGAUUUUUGAAAGCUAGGAAGUUUGACUUUGACAAGGCAGCGCAAAUGUGGGCUGACAUGCUGUUGUGGAGAAAGGAGUUUGGGACAGACACAAUUUUGGAAGAAUUUGAAUUUCAUGAGCUGGAGGAGGUCCUGCAAUAUUAUCCCCAUGGUUAUCAUGGUGUUGACAAGGAGGGAAGGCCUGUCUAUAUUGAGUUGCUUGGGAAAGUUGAACCCAACAAGCUUGUGCAAAUUACAACAGUGGAGCGCUACAUUAAGUACCAUGUACAAGAGUUUGAGAGAGCUUUCCGCGAGAAGUUUCCUGCAUGCUCAAUUUCUUCCAAAAGGCACAUAGAUACCACAACUACAAUUUUGGAUGUCCAUGGUGUGGGCUGGAAGAACUUUAGCAAGAUUGCGAGAGAUUUAGUGCGUUGUAUGCAAAAAAUAGAUGGCGACUAUUAUCCUGAGACACUACAUCAAAUGUUUAUUGUAAAUGCCGGACCUGGUUUCAAGCUGAUCUGGAGCACUGUGAAGGGACUUCUUGACCCCAAAACAUCAUCCAAAAUCCAUGUUCUAGGAACAAAAUACCAAAGCAGACUUCUCGAAGCUAUUGAUGCAAGCCAACUGCCAGAGUUUUUAGGCGGCUGGUGCUCUUGUUCUAAUCACAGAGGAUGCCUGAAGUCCAAUAAAGGGCCCUGGAGCGAUCCUUUAAUCAUGAAGCUUGUACAUAGCAUGGAAACACUGCAGGAGGUUGGGCAAGUGUCUGAUAUAGAAGAAACAAUUGCAGGCUCUGUAAGAUUGCGUGCUCUCAAGUUACCAGAACGAAUUAGUGAUACAUCAAAUGCUGAAUCAGGUUCAGAUCUUGAUGAUCUUGGAUCCCCCACAGCUCCUGAAGAUGUUGAAUAUCCUAGUUUGGCCCCAGUUCGUGAGGAAGCCAGGGAAUUAGGAUCUACAGCAUACAGUGGUUCUGAUGGCAUGUCUCAUAUGGUGGAUAAAGUUGCAGAGUCCAACAAAAGAUACAGUCCUGCUAGAAAUGAAGUCAGACAAUACAAUACACGAGAGCAUUCCUUAAUCAAUGGGGCUUCAUCUGUGCCAGCAGGUCAGCGUGUCCCAGAUGGCGUGGGCUAUGUUGAUGAUGGGAUCUUGAAACAUGUCUCAAGGAAAGUUAUUGCUGUAUUUCUUAAAGUACUCUCUCUUCUGCGGUUUUUGAUUCGUCAGCGUCAACACUUGGAAAAUGUUCAUCCACGUACUGCAACUGUGCCCAGUGAUCAGGCGGAUCUUCAUAUAAUUAAGGAAGAUCGUAUAAAUCCUUGUCUGGAGCGCCUUGAACGACUUGAGUCAGUGUUUAAUCAGCUGAGCAGAAAGCCUCCAGAGCUUCCAAAGGAGAAGGAUCGUGCCAUACAAGAUUCUUUUGACAGGAUAAAGUCCAUUGAAUUUGAUCUGGACAAGACAAAGAAGGUAUUGCAUGCCACAGUUAUCAAACAAAUGCAGCUGGCCGAGACAUUGGAAGCUGCAAAGGAGUCUGAUCUUAGGAGGAGGAAAUUUUGUACAUAAUACACUUAGCUGCAAUGUACAGAAACAAGAAGAAAAGUUGGCGACUUACCAAUGUCUGCUGUUCGACAAAGAAUUAAACUACAUUAUCUUGUACAUGUCUGCCCUUUCCCCGCUUAUCUUGUUUUUUUUGCCUAUUAUAGAGAUGAGGGACGCCAUCUUAGUCUCAAUGACAGAUAGUUAGCAACCUGUGAUAAACCGAGGAGAUAGUCGAGAAGAACGUCCUGGAACAUGGAAAAUCACCAAACAUACCCCAGUUAUAGACCAAAAGGAAUUCUAAAAGAGCCCAAUGCACAGCUUAUGUUAUGUCCAUGUUUAUAUUUAUGCUCCUCUGAGCGUCGAGCCUCCUGAUCCGCCGCAUGUAUUUCAAUGCUUUGCGCAUUUUCCUUUUCAGAACAGUUGAGGUUCCCUCAUAAUUCAAUCCCUUUUUUUUGGUUGAUAACUUGAUUCUACAUGUUACCUUGAGCUUUGCAUUUAUACAACGUCGCUCCUUGCUGUCAUGACUGAAGCGAAGUCCUAUUUGACACAAAAGGAAGUUUCGUUUCAUCGACCACUGGUGUUGAUACAUGCCAAUAUCAUUUUUGACCGCAUGCCGAGGAGUGGUAUUCGUCUAUCCUAUGAUGAGCUGCGUCGCAAUCUAAGGUGCAUCAAACUUAUUAGAGUAGAAAGUGAGACAGAAGUUGAUUGAAUAGAAAAUGAACUCGUGAUCUGUCAUUGCAUCAACAGAUUGUACAUAUAUACAUAUUGAAAUGGUGUUUCCAAUAAUCA